GUCUGGGCUACGAAAGUAUGGCAGCUGCUGAGGCGGCGGUGGUAUCAUCGUCAUCCUUGAAACCAGACACAGCCCCAGUCCCCGAAAGUGCAGAAAUGGCUGCAGCCACGGCCGCCACAUCCUCAGCGAUGGCUGCAGCCGCGGCGAUUGCGGCCAGGACCGGAUCCGAAGCCAGGGUCUCCAAGCCCGCGUUGGCUACUAAGCUGCUGUCCCUGAGCGGCGUGUUCGCCGUGCACAAGCCCAAAGGGCCCACUUCAGCCGAGCUGCUGAAUCGGCUGAAGGAGAAGCUGCUGGCAGAAGCUGGAAUGCCUUCUCCAGAAUGGACCAAGAGGAAAAAGCAGACUUUGAAAAUUGGGCAUGGAGGGACUCUAGACAGUGCAGCCCGAGGAGUCCUGGUGGUUGGAAUUGGAAGGGGAACAAAACUGUUGACCAGUAUGUUGUCAGGGUCCAAGAGGUAUAUUGCCACUGGCGAACUGGGGAAAGCCACUGACACGCUAGAUUCUACAGGGAAAGUAACAGAAGAAAAACCUUACGAUAAAAUAACACAGGAAGAUAUUGAAGGCAUUCUACAGAAAUUUACUGGGAAUAUAAUGCAAGUACCUCCUCUCUAUUCUGCAUUAAAGAAAGAUGGACAGAGACUUUCAACUUUGAUGAAGAGAGGUGAAGUCGUGGAAGCAAAACCUGCCAGGCCAGUUACCGUGUACAGUCUUUCCCUUCAAAAAUUCCAGCCACCAUUUUUCACAUUAGAUGUUGAAUGUGGAGGAGGUUUUUAUAUCAGAAGCUUGGUCAGUGACAUUGGCAAAGAACUGUCUUCCUGUGCCAAUGUGCUAGAGCUGACCCGCACCAAACAGGGACCCUUUACACUGGAGGAGCACGCCCUUCCUGAAGACAAAUGGACAAUUGAUGACAUUGCACAGUCUCUUGAGCAGUGCUCAUCCCUUCUCCCAGCGGAGACGGCACUUAAAAAAUCAAAACCUGAGGAGUCUAAUGAGCAAGUUUUGAGCUGUGAGUAUAUAACUCUAAAUGAGAUAAAGGGAGAAGAUGAUGUGAUUAAGACAUUUUAAGUUUGGCUUGGGAUUGUCUGCAUUUCCUGGUUGACAUUUGCAUCCUGUGUGCAGAAUGACAAGCUGUGUGUGUGCCAAGACAAACGAUUCUUUUUUUUUUUUUUGCAUGAGGAAAAAUGUCCAUCAUUUAUGGUUUCUAUGGUGCACAGUUUAUCUGCUGUACAUUAUAAAUAGCCUUGCAGUUGUUCAGUUCUUGCUGUACUAUCGAAUGUUCUUCUAGGAUGUUAUUAUGUGGUUAGAUUGGAUUCAGGAAAAUCAACUUUCUGAUUUUGAUCUCUCAUCAAAGUCUUUUCCUCUGAAAAAGUUGACCACAUUUUCUAAUCAGAGGAAAAAAAAUAUGAGCUAAAUGUUUCUUUGGUGUGGCAAAGUGAAUGUAUAUUAGUUUCUUUGACUUUAUUUUGGCUUCCUCGUGACUCUGGUUAUUGAAAUUCCUUAACUAUGUUUGAAAAAGCCAUUAUUUAACUC